AUGAGCCGCUCAGGUCUGCGAAGAGCCGCUCAGGUCUAUGAUGAGCCGCUCAGGUCUAUGAUGAGCCGCUCAGGUCUACGAAGAGCCGCUCAGGUCUAUGAUGAGCCGCUAAGGUCUAUGAUGAGCCGCUCAGCCGCUCAGGUCUACGACGAGCCGCUCAGGUCUGUGAUGAGCCGCUCAGUUCUACGACGAGCCGCUCAGGUCUGCGAUGAGCCGCUCAGGUCUACGACGAGCCGCUCAGGUCUGCGAUGA